CUCAUUAAUGAGCCUGCGUGGAUCAAGAGGUUUACUUACUUACUUACACAAGCUGUAUUCGCAGUCAGCUGAUUGGAAUUGCAACAGGAUAAACGGAGGAGAAAGGAGACCGGGAUAUUUAAGGAUUCUAUUUCUGAAGUAAAUAAACACAGCCGAGACUUUCACAGCUCAGGAACUAUAUUGUGAGGAGGAUUUAACUUCCACCUGGAGGUAAACACAAGCCUGAAAGCAGCCCAACACACAGAGGAGAGGACGCGGCCAGCUCAACCAUGGAGGUCGCAGCAGCCGAUCAGUCUCGGUGGAUGGCGCAUCAUCACGCAGUGCUGAACGGCCAGCACCCGGACUCGCAUCACCACAGUCUAAGCCACAACUACAUGGAGCCCAUGGCGCCUUUACUGCCCCAGGACGAAGUUGACAUGUUUCUGAACCACUUGGACUCUCAAGGGAACCCCUACUACACCAACUCCCGGGCCAGGGUCACCUACAGCCAAGCACACGCUCGCCUCACUGGGAACCAGGUUUGCCGACCACACCUCAUCCACAGCCCCGGCAUUCCCUGGCUGGACCCCGGGAAAGCUGCCCUUUCCGCGGCCCACCACCACAACGCAUGGGCGGUCAGCCACUUCAGCAAACCCGGCCUGCACCCCGCCAGCUCCGGCUACCCCUGUAGCAGCAGCACCGGCACGGCCCCGGUCUCGUCGCUCACGGUGUCCCACUCCAACGCGCACCUCUACAGUUUUCCUCCGACCCCUCCGAAGGACGUGUCCCCGGACCCCGGCCCUACCUCUCCGACCUCCAGCUCCACCAGGAUGGACGAGAAGGAGUCGAUCAAGUACCAAGUGCAUCUGUCGGACGGCAUGAAGAUGGAGAGCUGCAGUCCUCUCCGCAGCGGCCUGGCCUCGAUGAACGGCCAGGGCCCGGCCACGCAUCACCCGAUCCCGACCUACCCUGGCUACCCUCUGCACACACCCCACGAGUACAGCGGCAGUCUCUUCCACCCCGGCAGCCUGCUCGGCGGGUCCUCCUCCAGCUUUACGCCCAAAUGCAAGAGCAAGGCCAGGUCGAGCUCAGAGGGCCGUGAAUGUGUAAACUGUGGUGCCACCUCCACCCCUCUGUGGCGAAGAGACGGUACCGGCCACUACCUGUGCAACGCCUGCGGACUGUACCACAAGAUGAACGGCCAGAACCGACCACUUAUCAAGCCCAAACGCAGACUGUCCGCUGCUCGACGUGCAGGCACCUGCUGUGCAAACUGCCAGACCACGAUCACCACCCUGUGGAGACGCAACGGGAACGGAGACCCGGUGUGUAACGCCUGCGGCCUUUACUUUAAACUGCACAAUGUCAACAGACCCCUGACCAUGAAGAAAGAAGGAAUCCAGACACGCAACCGCAAGAUGUCCAGCAAGUCCAAGAGGAACAAGCGAGCAGGGGACGGCUUCGACGAGCUAUCCAAGUGCAUGCAGGACAAGGUCUCUCCCUUCGGCGGUGCGCCCGGCCUCAGCAGCCACAUGACCCACAUGGGUCACCUGCCCCCCUUCGGCCACACGGGACACAUGCUGCCUACUCCCACGCCCAUUCACCCUUCAUUCGGUCACCCCCACCACUCCAAUCGCUCGCCGGUCUGGGCUGAGCCCCUGAGUCACUGAGGCCCCUCCAGACCCAAAAACUCCUCCGCCUGUAGGAGCCACCGCGUCGCCAUUAACACUAAAUGGCCUCCACAUCACGUCGUAAGCUGAGCAGACUUGUUGCAUCGUGUACAGUGGUUGGAGGGGAGAGACUUUCAGUUGGACUUAAUGACUGAAGGUCGCGUCAUUCCUGAGCUCACUGAUGGGACGCUGCAAGGCAGGACUUUAGCGAACUCUGUGAAGAGCUAAUAUGAUGAGGGGUUUCUUAGUCCCUUGGUGAAUGAAGCUUGCAGGAAUGGAGUGAAUGGAGACGCUUGUCAUUCUUUUUGCUUAUUUUUACUAAGUCACUUUGGUACCCACCUCUCCAUGACCCUGUAACAGGAGACUCAAGAGAGGUCUUAAAAAGAAACGCUGUUUUCACCUCACGGCCAUCUCAUUAUAUACUGAGAUACGUGCACCCUGUCUAUCCCCUGGCUGUCGUCCAUAACUGCUGUGGACAGACGAACCCCUUCAGUGCUGGAGGUCUUAAGACUGUCUGAUAGCUACAGCACCUGUGCACCUCUGUUACCAACCAGUCAGAUGCAGACUACAGUACCCACAAACCAGUGCUCCCCCUCACAUGCUGGAUUGUACACCACCACAUCGCUCACCACCUGUUUUUAAUAAUGAACUUUUAUGGAAAAAUACACAGUAAAUAGAGUGUUUAUAAAUGCUUAAUUGCUAUUAUUGUUGUUAUAUUUGAUGUUAUAAUUAUUGCUACGAUAAUUUAUUUUCCCUCUUUAAGCUUUCGUCAAAGACACAUGGAAACUGAUGAUUUAAAGGUCCAGUGUGUAGAAUUUUAGCGGAUCUAUUUGAAGAAAUUAAAUAUAAUUUUCAUAACUAUAUUUUCAUUAGUGUAUAAAUACCUGAAAUUAAGAAUCGUUAAUUUUUCAUUAGCUUAGGACGAAGCAUUUAUAUCUACACAGGGAGCAGGUCUUCUUCACGGAGUCCACCAUGUUGCACCAACAUAUUUAUACAAUGUCCCAGAAGGGACAAAUCAAACACUGGCUCUAGCGAGAGCCUUUCAUGUUUUUUCAUUACCUAAAGGUCAUCGUAGCUCUCCAACACACUUGUAAAAGGAAGAGUAAGCGGCGGGGUCUUCAGUUGAUAUUGGUGACCUCUAUGCUAGAUGCCACUAAAUUCUACACACUGGUCCUUUAAUUGUCAUAGUUAUUACGUUAAGAAAAACACUGACCUAUCUUAGAUGAAAAGUCCCUAAGCUGUACGUUUUUAUCAUUUUUCCAUCUUACAAAAGUAAAGGA